AUGGGCACGACGGAAGCUGUCGUCCCGCUCCUGACGGAGUCCCAGACCGAGAGCUUUGGUGGCCUUCUCCUGUCCCCGAGGUCAGGCUCAGGCUCAGGCAGGCAGCGGGCAGGUGGAGGCAGCCUGUCGUCAUCUAUUUUUGACAUAAGUGUUGACUCUAUUCAUGAUGAACUACUGAUUUGUGUAUUAUUUGAAUGA